GCUUCCAAUGACCAAAUAAAGAAAGAACAGUGGUCAUGCCAAAAAAAGGCCACAGCCAAGUGCAGCCUAUUCACUGCACCAACUGCACCCAAUAUGUGCCCAACAACAAGACCAUCAAGAAGAAGUUCCUCAUUCAAAACAUAGUAGAGGCAGCAGCCAUUAGGGACAUUUCCAGAGCAAGUGUCUUUGACACCUAUGUGCUUCCCAAGCUGUAUGUGAAACUACAGUACUGUGUGAGUUGUGCUAUUCACAGCAAGGUAGUCAGGAGUUCUCAUGCAGCCCAGAAGGACUGAACACCUCCCUCAUUUAGACCUGUGAGUGUUGCCCCAUAACCUCCACCAAAGCCCAUGUAAGAAGCCGAGUCUUCAAGGACUGAAGAAAAGUUGUCUGGAAAAAAAAUAAAAUGGAAAUUGUACUUAAAAAAAA